CGAUCUCCGGUCGCUGUCCACCACCGCGUCUGCGGCGGCGGCGCGGCGUGGCGCCACCUGCUGCUCCUCCUCACCGCCCAACCGCUCGCGCUCGCCCUCCUCGCGUUCGCGCUAAAGUGGCGCGGCGGCGGCGUGGACGACGCCGGCUCCCGCUGGCCCGCUCGCCUGGCCGUGCCGGCCCCGUCGAGGCUGCACUCCCUCCACUCCUCCGCCGCCUCCUGCGUCGAGGUGCUCGCCGCCCCCGCCUUCCCCUACCUCCGCGGCUGGUCCUUCCACUUCGACGCGCCGGACACCCACCACCCCAAGGUGUGCGUGCAAACGAGCACCUCCGCAGGCCUGGACCAGAUCCUGCGGUGGCUCUUCUACCGCAAGGUCAUCGGCGUCGCGCACUUUUUGCUCUUUGUCGAGGGCAAGGCCGCCAAGCCCAGUGUCGCCGGGGUCCUCGAGUCCAUCCCCGUGCAUUCCUCGCUUGAGAUUUCCAAGAAUCCAGUAGUACCAAUUUCACUCAGCUUGUUCUCAAUCUCUGACUUUGUUUCUCUUCUUCUUCUUUAG